CUGGACAAUGAAUGUUGUUUCACUCUGUUGCAUCAUCCCACCCACCAGGCAUAUAGAGUGCCCUGAUUGGCCCACAAAGCAGAUAACGCUCUGUGAUUUGUUCACUAAGCAGAUAGAGCACUAUGAUUGACCCACCAUUAUGGACCAAUCACAGCUCUUUAUGUGUUUGAAACCCCUCUAGAGAGCUGUGAUUGGCUAGCCAGAGUCCUGGUAGGAGCUGCUGAGGUUCCAAUGGAGGGUGCCUAGACCAUUCUUUGCAAAGCAAGAAUUUGGUCUAGUUCACUAGGCUAGCUUGGUCCAAGAUUAUUCAUGGAAAAAUGAGUGGAAGCAGAAAGUGGGAUAAGGUGCACUGGCAACAGGGAGAAUCACAGCCCUGAGAGGACUGUCAGGCUAAAUCCAUUCAGGAAUUUGAGGGAUCUUCACUAGGAGAGAACUGAGGCUGGAACCAAAGCACCUUCGAAAAGACCAGUCCAACACAUGAGCUACAGCACAGAUGUCAUAUGCUUUCUGUCAAACCACUCCUGAACCAGAGACAACGUCCAAAGCACCUUACCUGGACUUAGGAGAAAAAAGUGGGGCCUCAUUUAUAAAGCUUGCUUACACACAAAAUUGAGACUGAAAGUUGCUAAAGUAAUUUUCAAGAUAAACUUCAUGAUUUAGUGGUUUUACCGAGGAAAAAGUUUAAAAUCUCAGGAAAGAGUUUUCUCUGUGGCAACAGCCUAAGCCACGGGGCCCAGACUUUCCCCUCCCCAGCCACUUGGGCCCGCUCUUCCAGGGGUUCCCUGGCCAGGCAAGAGACAUAUGCCCUCCAAGAUGUACUGGGUCUCCCUUUAGGCCUCCUCCCAGUUGGACAAGCCCAGAAAACCUCACCAGGGAAGCAUCUUAAUCAGAGGCCCGAGCCACCUCAACUGGCUCCUCUCGAUGUGGAGGAGCAGCGGGUCUACUCCGAGCCCCUCCCAGAUGACCAAGCUUCUCACCCUUUCUCUAAGGGAGAGCCCAGACACCCUGGGGAGAAAACUCAAUUUGGCCACUUGUAUCCCCGAUCUCGUUCUUUCGGUCACUGCCCAAAGCUCGUUACCACUGAUGAGGGUAGGAACAUGGAUCAACCAGUAAAUUGAGAGCUUCACCUUCUGGCUCAGCUCUCUCUUCACCACAACAGACCGGUACAACGACUGCAGACGCAACAUCCAAUCUGCUUGUUAAUCUCACACUCCAGCUUUUCCUCACUUGUGAACAAGACCCUGAGAUACUUAUGGUGCUUACACAUUAGGGUCGGCAUGGUCGGGGUUUGGUUGGGCUGGAUGGCGUGAGUUCGGUGUUGAACGGGCGGUGUAGUGUUUACAUAUAAAUCUGAGGGACUUCUCAUGAAUGUGGAAAUCCCUGAGCCUGUGGACGGCGUUUAAUACAUGCGGGAAAGUCUGCGCUGUCCUCUAAAGUAAACAAAGGCGGGCAUGCACUGUGUUAUUUUUGGAGACUCUGAAUCACAUUAUUUUAUUAAUUUGCUUUGUGUGUCCUCAUACUCUUGUGCCACACACACUGAUUACUCGUUUGAGCAGCUGUCUGCUCCCCAGGCCAAGAGCUCCGAUGCGGAGAAUAGGUGCACCCACACACACACGCGCACGCACACACACACACACACACACACACAUACACACAGAGCUAUUCACUUCUCCAGUUCCCACACUGAUCGGCAGCUCCGGAACUGCAGCUCCGUGCUACAGACAGAGGUUUACUCAACAGCAUAAAAAUGAAUCGCGCAUGCAAAGUAGAAUUUUAAUAAGAAUACUACAUUGAAGUCCCUGGACCGUUGCUCAAUGGUUCGCAGUUGCAGAGGGAAAAAAGUCAGCAGAUUUUUUCAAAAUCAAGGUCCAUGAGUGUGGAGGAAAAGUGAAAAGGUUCAGAAUCCACAAGUGUAAAGUUUCCACAGUCAGUGAUGAUGUCAUCUGCUGGUUUUGGUCCACAGUCAACCACCAGAACAUUUUCAAGCACUUCUUACUUCCUUUUGUUGACAAGCUUCAUAGAGAUGCUGAUUUCAUUCUUCAGCAGGACUUCAGCAUCUGCCCACGCUGCCAACCAGAAGCUGAUUGAAACAACUCGAUGUUGCUUGGAUUGAUUGAUGGCUCACACCUCAGCGGUGUCACUGGCUGGGUAACCCUGAACCUACUCUGCCUCUACUUGUAGAUGGCUUCAAUGUUGCAUCUCCAGACGUGUCAGAAGUCCAGGUGGACAUCAAGGAAUUUAUAUACUCUAACCACCACCACAUCUUCUUCCAUGAUGCAGAUGAAGCUUGACCUACUUCUUCUGAAAUCUACAACAGUCUUCUUUUUUUUAAUUCACAUUUGUGAUUAGCUGAUUGUUUCCACAACAUGGCCCAAAGCAGUCCGCCAGCUCUCUGUACUCCUUUCAUGACCAUCUCUGAUACACCCGACAACUGACGAGUUAUCUGAACAUUUCUGCAGCAUGCAGGUCUCUGACUUCUACUGGAAGUCUGAAGUGAGCAGGAUUGGUGAAUCGAAAGAUGCAAUGGAGCAAAGCCACUAAGACGGCGUUGGCUCAUUUAACACAGCUUUAGCAUCAACUCUGGACUAUUUAGACUUGGGCUUAUCUUUGAGUCAAAACUAGAUAGAGAUACUUAAGUCCUUCAUUUAGAAAAAGCAAGUGUUUGCGUCUUCUUUGAAGGAGUAUGGCGGGUUGGCCCAAAGACUGACAUCACGGGUUAGCUCUCACUGUAUUUUAAAUGUGCUAUAUAAAUAAAGUGGUAUGGUACGGUAUCUGAAGUGGUGAGUAUGUUAUGAUGUUUGUUGUCCAAUAGCAUGUGGAUACAGUUUGGAAGCCCCUAACCCCACAAGGCACUUUACAACACAACCAAUCAUUCGCCCAUUCACACACAUUCACACACUGAUGGCGAUGAGCUACAUUGUAGCCACCGCUGACAGAGGCAAGUCUGCCGUACACAGGUGCCACCAAUCCCUCCGAACACCACCAGCAGGUAAAGUGGGUGAAGUGUCUUGCCCAAGGACACAACAACAGCGACAGACUUGAUGGACUUGAACCUGCAACCUUCCGAUUACGGGGCGAACACUUAAAUCCUGUGCCACCGUCGCCCCAUGUUAAUUGCUUACUAAUUAAAAUCAGGUGUGUUGGAGCAGCGGAACCUGGGGAACAGGGAAACAUUUAAAACAUUUUGGGCAGUAACACUCCAGGACCAUGGUUGCUACUUUCAGCCUCUCUUUUCACAGUUUUUUAUUUUUCUAAAUAAUAAAAUGUGAAGUGUCAACAUGUGUAAAAGUAUUAAUACUUUUGCAAGGCACUGUAUGUACCACAGAAUACUUUAAAAACACCUGAAGCUUGUGAAAAAAUCCUCUCCUGUUGUUAUCUAAAGACUGAGUAUUGCUCUAUAAGCAAGUCUCUAUGCAUUUUCUGAAAGAAUUCGUUAUUAAAACCUGUUCUGAAAUACAGUCAUCGUAGUUUCUUUUGCACAACGUCAAAAGCAUUCACUUAGCUGCUGUAGCAUGUGAGUUGAUGCAGAAAACCAGCUUAACUAUUGUCUUUGGAAUGUGAUUGGAUCGCUUCAGUGUGGGUCCUGGAACAAAGAAUAUUGUGCUGGUCCAGCAGCGAAACCAAUAAGGCAAUUCCAGCUUGUGUAGUUUAAAUACAGACACACUGGAACACUCAAGCGUGCAGAGGGAGGACAUUUGGCUUCUACAGAGAAAAACCCAAGACUUAAACCGUCUCGAACUGCUGUAAAGUUCAAUUGUGUCUAUAGGAUGAGUGGCACCAAGUCAAAUCAUUUGGGCAGUUUGAGAAGUAAUGUGUUUACAGAAGGUAAGGACCGCCUGUUUAAAAUGUCUUGACCGGGGCUGCAGUUGGAUUAACUAAACAAGAGGCACUUUGGAACAAUACAAAGACCCAUUCUCACUCGGUGUAAUCCUUGGAGGUAUUGCAAGCCCUUUCAUAUGACUGUGCAAAGAAGCGGCUGCAGCAAGCACCUCUCUGAAGAAGGGCUCGAGCCACUGCUAAAACAUACAAAUGUCAACAAUAAAUGUCCGAGUUACAACAAUGGAUGCAGAGCUGGAGUUUGCCAUCCUGCCCAGCACAACUGGCAAACAGCUGUUUGACCAGAUAGUGAAGACCAUCGGGCUGAGGGAAACGUGGUUCUUUGGUCUCCAGUAUCAAGACAGCAAAGGCUACUCAACCUGGCUGAAGAUGAACAAGAGGGUGAUGGCUCAGGACGUGAAGAAGGACAAUCCUUUGUUGAUCAAGUUCAGAGCCAAGUUUUACCCGGAGGAUGUGGCCGAGGAGCUGAUCCAGGAGGCCACGCAGCGCCUCUUCUUUCUGCAGGUGAAGGAGAGCAUCCUAAACGACGACAUUUACUGUCCACCGGAGACGGCGGUGCUUCUGGCCUCGUACGCUGUUCAGGUCAAACAUGGGGACUACAGGAAAGAUUACCACGUCCCUGGAUAUCUCACAAAGGAGAAGUUGCUGCCACAAAGGGUUUUGGAGCAGCACAAGCUGAAUAAGAAUCAGUGGGAGGAAAGGAUCCAGGUGUGGCACGAAGAGCACAAGGGAAUGCUGAGAGAGGAUGCAAUGCUGGAGUAUCUGAAGAUAGCCCAGGACCUGGAGAUGUACGGGGUCAACUACUUCAACAUUAAGAACAAGAAAGGGUCAGAGCUGUGGCUGGGCGUGGAUGCGCUGGGGCUGAAUAUUUACGACAAAAAGGACAAGAUGACUCCAAAGAUUGGCUUCCCCUGGAGUGAAAUAAGAAACAUUUCAUUUAAUGACAAGAAAUUUGUCAUCAAGCCGAUCGACAAGAAAGCCCCGGAUUUUGUUUUCUAUGUGCCCCGUCUUCGCAUCAACAAACGCAUCCUGGCAUUAUGCAUGGGAAAUCACGACCUGUACAUGCGCAGACGCAAACCCGACACCAUCGAGGUGCAGCAGAUGAAGGCGCAGGCCAGAGAGGAGAAGAACAAGAGGCAAAUGGAGAGGGCUCUGCUGGAGAGUGAGAAAAAAAAGCGAGAAAAUGCCGAGAAGGAAACAGAGAAGAUUGCUCGGGAGACCAUGGAGCUGAUGGAAAGAUUGAGACAGAUUGAAGAGCAGACAAAGAGAGCUCAAGAUGAACUGGAGGAGCAAACUCGUAGAGUGCUGGAGUUAGAAAAGGAAAGAACGACUGCUCAGGAAGAGGCAGAGCGUUUGGACAUGGACCACAAAGCUGCAGUGGAGGCUAAAGCAGCUCUGCUACAUGAUUCUGAAACCCAAAGCCAGGAGAGCCUGGCCACUGAGCUGGAGGAGCUUACCUCUAAGAUCUCCCAGCUGGAAGACGCCAAGAAGAAAAAAGACGACGAGGCGAAGCGAUGGCAGAAAAGGGCCAUCGUGGUGGAAGCAGAUUUGGAGCGAACCAAAGAGGAGCUGAAGACUAAACUGAUAGGGGUCCAAAUCCAGAAUUCAGUCCACCCUCAAAUGCUGGAGCACGACGAGACAGAUGAGAGCAGCGCAGAGGCGAGCGCUGAGCUGACUGCUCCGUGCAUGGUCCAAGACCGCAGCGAGGAGGAGAGGGUAACCGAGACGCAGAAGAACCAGCGACUGCAGAAAAACCUCAAGUUCCUGAGCACCGAGCUGGCCAGAGCUGUGGACGAGAGCAAAAAGACCCCCAAUGACCUGAUCCACGCUGAGAACGUGAGGGCAGGCCGAGACAAAUACAAGACCCUGCGCAUGAUUCGUCAGGGCAACACCAAACAGCGCAUUGAUGAAUUUGAAUCCAUGUGAGAGGCUUCCUCUGAGCCAUCCUGAGAGCAGGAUCAGGCUAGACUUUAGAAGAGUAGGAGUCUUGAAAUAACUAAAUGUGACAGAUUUCUAUUGUUAUUAUUAUUAUUAUUAUUGUAAUGUUCUUUGUUGCUUUUAAUCUUCCAUAAUAUUUCCCUUGAGGGGAUUUCACUUGGAGAAUUACAACUGUUCUUAAAAAUAGGUCACAUUUUUAAUAAUACAGGAACACACACACACACACACACACACACACACACACACACACGUGAAAAAAGCAUCCAUCUGGUCAGAGAUAUAAACUCAUAUCAUCGCUGCUCUCAUUACAGUUGUCCUGGACUGACUUGACUGCCUUUAGAAAACUUUUCCAAUGUGGAUUUGAAGCUUUUUCUGUUUUGUCCAAACACAAAAUUCUUUUAUUAACUUAGAAAUAAAAAUGUAUAAAGGAA